ACAGACCACAUCGAGGUCGCACACAGGGUUAACGCUAGUCGUGUUUGGGUUAGUUAGCUUCUAACGAUCGUAAAGCGUGUCGGAUGUUUUGCUUAAAAAACGAUGGAUUUCUCCAGUAAACAACAACACGACACACCAGUUCAAGUACUGUGUGUGAAAUACUGGAUUGGGAUCCGAUACGGAGACUAACUGUGCCUGUCUGACAUGGAAGAAGAUCUUGCACCAAACAUGGAAGAUGAGGAUGAUGAAGAUGACUUUGAAUGGGCGGCAGGACAGGAGGAGGACGGAGAGUUUGACUGGCUGGAGGAGGAGCAGGAGGAGGCGUUUGUGUCCAGAGAGCGUCCGGCGGAGCGCAGCGGCCACGUCGCGGUCACUGACGGCAGCUGCAUGUUCGUUUGGGGAGGAUAUAAGAAUGCUGAUACCGAAGCUGCUGAAUUUACGGACUUGUAUUUGCCGAAGAACGAAAUCUGGAUAUACAACAUGGAGACGGGAAGAUGGAGAAUGAAACGUUCGGAGGGCGACGUGCCGAACUCCAUGUCGGGCAGCUGCGGCACGUGCGUGGACGGCGUUCUCUACCUGUUCGGCGGCCAUCAAGCCAGAGGAAACACAAAUUUGGUUUACCGUCUGCCGCUGAGAGCGUCUGCGCUCCGCUGGGAGAAGAUGAGCGAUCUGACGGGCCUGGCGCCGACGUGCAAAGACAAGCUGGGCUGCUGGGUUUACAGAAACCAGCUGGCGUAUUUCGGUGGCUACGGCUACAUCGCGCAGCCCGGUCACAGAGGAACGUUUGAACUAGAUGAAAACUCAUUCAUGGGUAACCACGCGGGACGAGGCUGGAACAAUCACAUACACGUUCUGGAUCUGGAGACGUCGGCGUGGAGUCAGCCCAUCACAAAGGGGGACGCUCCGUCGCCACGAGCCGCUCACGCCUGCGCCACCGUCGGAAACAGAGGUUACGUCUUCGGAGGACGUUACAUGGAUCAUCGGCUGAAUGAUCUGUACUGCAUCAACCUGGACACGUGGGAAUGGAGCGAGAUGUGCGUUCCUCAGCACGGUCCCGUCGGCCGCUCGUGGCACUCGUUCACCCCGGUGUCGGCGGAUCACAUCUUUCUGUUCGGCGGCUUCACGACCAACAGAGAAACACUGAGCGACGGCUGGCUGUACUGCGUCAGUAAGAACGAGUGGAAACCGUUUAAACACGAGCACACGGAACGGCCCAGACUGUGGCACACGGCGUGUUUUGGUCCUGACGGAGAAGUGUUCGUGUUUGGAGGAUGCGCCAACAACCUGCUCUCUCAUCAACAGGCCGCUCACAGCAACGAAUUACUGGUGUUCACCGUUCAGCCCAAAUCUCUGGUCAGGUUGUGUUUAGACGCGGCCGUCCUGCACCGUAAGCGACUGGAGCACAUGUGGGACGUCCUGCCCAAAGCCCUGCUCCAUCGGCUCAAACAGAGAACCACGGGAGACUCCUAGAAGACAAUCGCACGCGCGCUCGCUUUCAGAGGAGAAUGAGAGGAUCUGUGUGGAAAAACGAACGAGAGACUUUUAUGAUGGGUCGGUGUCGUAUCUCACACGGACUGGGAGAGUCAAUGUCAUUUAAGAAUGUAGCAGAAAAAUGAUUUAUUUCAGCAGUUUAUUAAUACCACAUCUGCAUUGAAAACAUCAAACACCGCUCAAUGUCACAAUUUCUAAUUGUUACUAAACAAUCAGCACUUCCUGUACAAAAACAGCAGUGGGGGGGAUGAACUGAAAGAUCUCGGUCUGUCAGCUCAGUCCGCUUCACAAAUGUACAGAAUCUUCAAGAUUACAAACAUUCUGAGAAACUCUCAUGAUCCGUCACAACUCCAAUCCUGAUUUUCUGAUGCAGAUUUGUACAAAAAGCCAAAAUUUUGUAUCUUUUCAUUUCGCUGUCUUUUUUUUUUUUUUUUCCAACAUGGAAAAUAAAUGGUGAAACAUU